ACAUCUGACCCACCACCACCGCGACGCCCUAGAGCCGCCGCCGCGCCGCCGCUUGGCCUCACCGCCGGCGACCCGCGCCCCCUCCGCUGCGCGCCUAUCGCGCGCGUCGCCAUCGCCGGCAGUCCCCAUCUACCCCACCUCGUCGCGCCCCUGCUCCGUCCGCAGCCUUGGUUCCUGAGAUAUGUUGGGGAAUUUCGGUGGGAAGCCAUGGAUCCUGAUUGAUCCCUGUUGCUCCAUUGCCAGGUGACUGGACUGGUCUGCGUUCUUGGUAUCAGCUGGUUGCAGCAAUGGACGACGGGGACCUCGAUUUCUCCAACCCGGAGGCGUACCUCUGCUCGGACACCGGCGCCGGCUGCUCCAUGGACAGCUACUUCGACGGCAUCCUCAACGACGCGGAGCACCUUGCGUGCACCCACACCCACACCUGCAACCCGCCCGUCGACGACAGCUCGCACACCCACACCUGCGUCCACGUCCACACCAAGAUCGUCUCGGCGUCGUCGGACGGCGGCGCCGCCGACUCCCCGGCCGAGAACAGCGGCGCCUCCAAGAAGCGGCGGCCGUCCGGCAACCGCGCCGCCGUGAGGAAGUACCGGGAGAAGAAGAAGGCCCACACGGCGCUGCUGGAGGAAGAGGUGGUUCAGCUGAAGGCUCUGAACAAGCAGCUGCUGAAGAAGCUCCAGAAUCACGCGGCGCUCGAGGCCGAGGCCGCCAGGCUCCGCUGCCUGCUCGUCGAUGUCAGGGGGAGGAUCGACGGGGAGAUUGGCGCUUUCCCUUACCAGCGGCCUGUGAAGAACGUCGAUUUGGUUUCUGGCGUUGAUCAGGGGGGCUUUCUUGGCAGUGCCCAGGUUAUGAACUCGUGUGAUUUCAGAUGCAACGAUCAGAUGUAUUGCAAUCCAGGAAUGCAGAUGAGAACUAUCGGUGAUGAUGGUGCUAUGAGUGGUCAGGUAUUUGGGCAAGGCACUGGGGAUAUUGCAAACAUCCAAUGCAUGGGGGGUGCGAAAUCUGGGCUCACAAUGCCCCCAGGCUGUGGGGGUAUGGGGACAAUGCCUUCUGGCUGUUUACCCAGUUCUGAAAAGCAGUGAAGGAUUUCCAUGGUGUGAAUCUUCUCCUUGGCAGGCACUAUCGGUUCCCGUGGAGGGAAGGCUGUAUAAAUUGCUAACUUCUAUCGGUCGUGUUGGUUCGAACUGUCGCCAAUGAUGCUUCUUCGAUGGUGGCUUGAGGCGCUGAAACUUUGUUGGGUCUAGAGCUAUUACGGCAUUCUCCUUCGGUUUUCCCUGGUUGCCAUUUCCAGUUUUGCUGUCGGAGUUCGACAGCCUUGCUCCCGGUUCGAGGCACCCGCUCUUACAAAAGGGUCAAAGCGGAAUGGACCAUGAAUAAUAACCAGAGAGCAGUCAUCCAUGUCAUGUGGCAGCCAGGAUAUAUGUUCAGUUUGGGUAGACCCCAACGUUGGAUAUGAUGUACGAACCUUAUGUAAAGCACAUUUUGCAUGGAUUAUUUCAGAGUAGUUGGUAUGCCUGUAUGUGCCUUUCA